GAUAUACGCGAUCGACGUGGUUAGAGAAAAAUAUUCUAAGAUAAAAUGUUAUCCUUAUAACAAUAUAAUUAUUGUGGUCUAUCAAGGAGUGCGGAAGUGUUAGAGGAAUAAUUUCAUCAUGCAUCUUCCAUUUGGUAAAUCGCCGCUUCUUAUACAAUGUUUCGUGUGCGCGACUGUUUGUAUGAAUGUGCUAAGUAAUGGUUGCGCUUACGGCUUCCCUGCGGUGCUGCUGCCGCAACUCAAGCUUCCAGACUCUCCCAUUCCACUCACCAAGGCCCAGGAGUCAUGGAUAGCUUCAAUUAUCACUGUAGCGAUGUUAGCAGGUAAUUUAACCAUGCCAUUGAUACUGGAUAAAUUGGGACGGAAAAAGGCGCAUUUCUUGAUCAAUAUACCGGCUGUUAUAGGAUGGCUUCUGAUAAUGUUUGCAACGAACGUUCAGAUUAUUCUAAUUGCAAGACUGAUGCAAGGACUAUCCUUUGGGCAAAUGGUACCUCUGCGAGCUGUCGUUAUAGGAGAAUACUCAAGUCCAAAGAACCGCGGCGCAUUCCUAACAACAACUACAGUUGCACAAACACUUGGCAUGUUUGUAGUGCAUUUGUUAGGAUCGCUGAUACAUUGGAAGAUGACUGCUUUAAUCUGUGUAUCAUUCACUUUAAUCAGCUUUAUCAUGACAUUUUUUCUACCAGAAUCCCCGAGUUGGCUCGCAAGUAAAGGGAGAUAUGAUGACUGUAAACAGCAUUUCCACAAACUAAGAGGCGAUCAGGAGGAAGCCGAGCUAAACGAGCUCAUUCAAGCCAGAAUGGAGCACAAUGCUAAAAAAACUGUAAUCAAUCUUAGAAACAGCGUGAAGAUUGUACGUAAAGUAGAGUUUUAUAAGCCCAUUCUUCUUUUCUUGCAUGUGACGUUACUGGUGUAUGUGGCUGGUGGGAUGAAUUUAGCAGUAUACGGGGUAACUAUUGUAGGGCUCAUUAUGGGUCCGGGCGUAGACGCGAAUUUCUGGCUGGUAGAGAUAGACAUAUUACGUAUAAUCACCAAUAUACUGGCCGUUUUCUUUAUGAAGGCGUGUUUGCGUCGCACGGUGGCGUUCAGCACUGGUGUCAUGUGCUUAAUAACACACAUCGCCGUAGUUGCCCAUGUCAUUAUGAUAAAACAAGGCAUUACAUUGUUUGACAAUAUAUGGAUACCAGCUUUGUUGCUGAAUCUACAAUGUUUCGCUGUAUCAGCAGGAGUAUUACCCAUAAUGUGUGUAAUUGCUGGUGAAAUAUUUCCUUUAGCUUACCGCAGCAUCGGUAUAAGCUGUGGGACCGCUGUAGCUACACUAUUCCACUUUCUAAUAUUAAAGACCUUCCCCUACCUCACAUCUUCAGUGGGUAUUGAAGGUGUCUACGGAAUAUAUGGGAGCGUCAUUUUGUAUUGUCUGAUAGUUAUGUGGUUUUUGAUGCCGGAGACGAAAGGCCGGACGUUGCAACAGAUUGAAGACAAAUUAAAGGGAAUAGACAGAUCAGCUAAGCAGUAAAGCGUCAGCUCCAACCGACUAGUUUUAGUUAAUCACAUAAUUAAAUUAUAUAUAAGUAUAUAUAGGUCCAAUUUGGAGUAUUGAUUUAACUCACAAACUAAACACUUCAUUUAUAAAACUAUACUUAUAUAUGUACUCACAAUUCAUUUUUAUAGUUGGCUACAUCACAUUACAUUUAGUUAUGUUAACAAGAUAGAAAUUUAAACUAUGUAAAUAGAGCUUAACAAUUAGAAUAAUCAGUUCCUUCCACAAAAUUCUUUCGUAUUCUAAAUGAGCUUUUGCUAAUAAAUUUUAGCAGGCGUUAAUUAAGUAUGACAACGUCAUUAUUCUCUUCGUACGUUCUUCACAACUAUGCGUGUCUAUUAAUUUAGUAUAAGUAAGAAAAAUACAUAUUUAUACGCUAUAUGUAUAAUGGUACAUAAGAAUAAAGAAUAUUUG